UGUUGAGCCGUGGGUUGUUUGUAAUGUCAACAACAAAGCAGAUGAGAAGCUAAACCGUAUUUAUAUAAGAGAGAAAAGAGCCUUCAUAUCAGGGCUCAUAGUGCUUUUGGUCUUUGGUGUAAUAUAUGAUCAAAAAAUCAAUAAUGGCUUUAAAGAAUGCGUUGAUUGCAUUUGUGGCUCCUCUGCCCUCAAUCUUGUUCUACAUCUACUUUCUAAAUCACUACCAAAACAAUACUCAUCAUCUUCUUUCCCCUGUGUGGAGCUGGUGCCAUCAACACCCCCUCAUCUUAGCCAACAUCCUCUUUUUUCUCAACAUCGAUGUCGGUUUCUGGCUCAUUAGCCUCCUCCAGUCCAGCAACUGGAUGAUAGAUUUAUACUGGACGGUGAUUCCUGUGUUGUUGGUGCAUUACUUUGAGAGCCAUCCUGGUGCGGAGUAUAAUUCAUGGCGCUCGACUUUGGUGGUGCUGUUGACAUGGGUUUGGGCUAUCAGAUUGACUCACAACUACUUUCGUAGGGAGAAAUGGCAAUGGGGUGCCAGAGAAGAUUGGAGGUUCACUGACAUGGCUCAACAACAUGGCCAAAACUGGUGGUGGGUUUCCUUCUUCGGCGUUUACCUCAUUCAGCAGGUAUUUUUAUUAGGAGUAUGUAUACCUCUAUACAUAGUCCACACAGUCAACAAGCCAAUAAAUCUAUGGGAUGUAGUCGCAUUAGUAAUGUGCGUUUUUGGCAUUGUCUAUGCCUAUAUAGCUGACACCCAACUGCACACAUUUGUGAGCAAAAAUGAGAAAUUGAAAGAGGAAGGAAAGACAAUGGUGCCAAAUCUUGAUGAAGGCUUGUGGUACUAUUCUAGGCACCCAAACUAUUUUGGAGAGCAACUAUGGUGGUGGGGACUUGCCAUCUAUGGUUGGAGCCUAGGGGGCACUUGGGUCUUUUUUGGUGCACUCAUAAACACCUUGUGCUUGGCUUAUGUGACCACACUUGUGGAGAAGAGGAUGCUUAAACAAGAGUAUAGGGUUGAAGCCUAUAGGUCAUACCAAAAGACAACGUCUAUUUGGGUACCUUGGUUCAAAUCAUCCCCGAAGCAAUUGACAAAAGAAAAAUAUAGUUAAAAACUUAUGAAUCAAGUGAAGAACAGUGUCGCGACAAGUAUUUAAAUCCGAUUGUUUUUAAGCUUGUCGGGUGUGCAGGUUUAUUUGUGUCUUUGUAUCAUGUGGAAUCGUCUGUCAUGUUAUAUUUAUGUAUUGAAAGUUAAA